CUGUGCUCCGGGCAUGGCGGACGAAGCAGCAGGGGAGAACACGCAGGUCCGCAGCCGGAGGGCACGGCGCAGCUAGCCCAGCUGGCAAGCGGCUGUCUCCGGCUCUCGAUCGAUCUCCCGCCGACAUGCGGGCCCCAAGUCCCCCCGUCUUCGGCUCCUCCCUAUUAUUUAAUCAACCCCGUCGUCUCCGCUGCCUUUACAAUCCUCGCCGAACUCCUCAACUCUCUCUCUCUCUCUCUCCCCUUGCGAAUGGCGAAGGGCGGGCUGGGGAAGCUCCGGUGCAUGAUGAGGAGGUGGCACUCGUCCAGCCACAUCUCCCGCGCCCCGUCGGCCACCGACGGCGCCGGCGGCGACGUGCGCGGCGCGUCGUUCCACGGCGCAGACGAGGUGGCCAAGGGCCUGCACCCGGUCUACGUCGGCAGGUCGCGCCGCCGGUACCUCAUCGCCGAGGACCUCGUGGGCCACCCGCUGUUCCAGACCCUCGUCCACCGCACCGGCGGCGGCGCUGAGUCCGGCUGCACCGUGGUCGGCUGCGAGGUGGUCCUGUUCGAGCACCUGCUGUGGAUGCUGGAGAACGCCGACCCGCAGCCGGAGUCCCUCGACGAGCUCGUCGAGUACUACGCCUGCUGAGAGCGCGCCACGCCACGCCACGCCACCGGCGGCCCGCCGGAGUCGGGAGCUCGUCUAGGCCCCACGUAGGAAUCGGUACGUGUAGACGAUGCCUGAUAAACGCCAGACACCAGGGAUGAAGCGAAACCACGUCGUCGGAGUGAUUCGCUCGCUUGGUUUCUGCUAAUCCUCGGCGUCGGCGGUGUAAUUGGAGAGCGAUUACAAAUUGAUUGACACCACCCGUGCUGGUGGUUGUUGCAGGCCCAAAAACAGAAAAGAAACUCAGUAGCAAACGUGUUCAUGUGAUUGCAAAUUGUGAUAUGGUGGGCUCCUACAGUUUCUCCGAACAAAAGAGAGAGAGAGAAAAACAGUGACGUUACAAAUCGAUCAGAUGGCUAGUUCCAUCUGAAUAUCUGAUGGGCAUUUGACUUGGCUGUUCCAUGGCUCGGCGCCCUGCCCCUCCCUACUCGGCCUUGUUCGUUGUUCCUCAGCAGUGCUGCCGCCACCGUGUCCUCUGUUCUCCAGCGCAGCCUGCUGCGACGUUAACCAUUCCCGAAUCGACGCCCACAUCCUACUCCAGGCCAUCGAUCAUUCUCCACCGCGUUCCCCCGAGCGGUGCUGUCACCGUCGCCUCGCCUCGCCUGGCCGGUCCACCAUCAGGCCAGCGUGCCGCCCGGCGCUAUACACACGGCUUCCC